CAUGAGGAACGGCGAUGACCUGGAGGGCUUCGACGGCGAGGCGUCCAGCGCCUCCAUGAUCUCGGCGGCCAGCAGCCCCUACCAACCCACCACAGAGCCCGUCAGCCAGCGCCGCGGGCUGGGCGGCCUGCGCUGCGACCUGGACUACCUGCGGGGCACCUUGGGCAGGCUGAAGCUGGCCGAGGUGCUUUUGGCACUGACCGCGUUCAUCUGCAUAGAGACCAUCAUGGAAUGCUCCCCUUGCGAGGGCCUUUAUUUCUUUGAGUUUGUGAGCUGCAGUGCACUGGUGGUUACUGGAGCUCUCCUGCUUUUGUUCAGUCUGAACCUUCACACAAGAAUACCCCAGAUCAACUGGAAUCUUACUGAUCUGGUCAACACUGGAGUCAGCACUUUCUUCUUUUUCAUUGCCUCUGUAGUACUGGCUGCUUUAAACCAUAAAACUGGAGCAGAAAUUGCUGCUGUGGUGUUUGGUUUCCUGGCAAUGGCAGUGUAUGCUGUGAACACGUUUUUAGCAGUUAAAAAGUGGCGGGUGAGCAGCAGGCAGCAGAGCAGCCGGCAGAGCAGCGACUACAUCCGCGCUCGGACAGAGUCCAGGGAGGUGGUGCAUCGCCCCGAGAUCCUGCGCCUGGACGCGUGAGAGCCACCCUCAGAUGGGACUGAAAGGGAAAAAAGCACUCAGCUCCCUCAUGGAAUAAGGGUUUUUGCUUUAUUUAAGGAGGAAAAGGUGGAUCGAGGGUGGCGGAGGAUGCCCAGCCCUGCACGUGCGCAGAGAUGCUUUGAGCCAGAAGCUGCUGUCAUGGAGGCAGAAAAUGUUGGUUGUUCAAAAGGAAGAUCCCCUCAAGACCUCCAGAUAUACACGUGCAUAUAUUAUAUAGCUCACAGAAUAUAUAAUAUAUGUCUGUUCUGAAGUAUGCCAUUGUUUGGAUUAACUGCACAGCAGUUUUCCUUCCCUCUCUGAAGAUUCACUGUUCUUCACCUGCCCCAGAGACAGAGCAGCCCUGGCCGAGGGAGGAGGGACAUCCACGGGAGCAGCUGCAACAGCCACGCAUGCCAAGGAGCCAGGGGCACUCAGCAAUAACUCAGCCGUGUGCCAGCCAGCCAGAGGGGUUCAACAUUUCUAGAAGUUUUUGCUAGAACUUGCUUUCCCUCUAAGACCAGGGUAAGCAAGAACUGGCAAAAAUUUAUGUGCUUUUAAAGUGUUCCUAAGGUUGCAGUGUUGUGGUUCAUGAGGGUAAAUAUUUCUUUUUGGAAAAAUGGUUGUUCUAAAAUUAAACCUAAAUUGGUAGUAGGUAAACCUGAUUUUUUAUUUUAACUGGGUGUUUCUUCAGAUUUAUUCCCCUUAUGUUUCUUUGGAAAAUGAAUUUAGUUAAUUGGAAAAUAAUAUGAUUUUAUUGAUUUGUUUAGAAAUAGUUUUACUUAGCUGAAGUUUUGCUUUGUUUUUUUUAUUUUCCUUGUACUUCCAGUGAAUGAAUUAUGUUUUCUCUACUCAGAAAUCAAAUUCAGCAGUAAUUGGCUAGACAAUGUCACAAUAUUAUUAAGAAGACGUCUCUUGAUACUUUUCUGUUUCUUUGGUGUCUCUAUAGUGCAUUAUUUGGCAUUUGUGUGCCUGUGUGAAGACAGUGUGUGGGAGGAGAUCUCUAGAGCUGAACUCCUUUGUGGUGUGAGGAAAAUGAAAAUGUGUGCAAUUAAUGGAACUGUUUGCCUGGGUUUGUGUGUCCUGCUGGAGCUGCAUUGCUCAGGGUGAGUGCAGCACCUGGAGCCUUAAGAACAACAGGCAGUGUAUUGUGGAUAAGUUAUUUAACCAUGAAAACCAAGUUACACCAAACAGGAGAUCAGGAGAAGUGCCUGGGCUUUUAUAAUACUGGAGGGAGCUGGGAUAGUGAAAGUGUGAACCUAAUGCUGCAAUAGUCAAAUUGAGCAUCAGAGAAUUAUUUCAAUGAGUGGAAAAAAAAGUGACAAAAGUGAUGCAUUUUCAUUUUCCAUGUAUUGACAUCUAUAGUGCAUUUCACCUUAGUGGCUAAGAUGGAGAUUAAAAUUCAGAGUUACUGAUGAGGUUAAGGAAAAUUUGCAUUUUCUUAGUAAUUACCACUUCCUACAGUAAUAUUUUAUUGUGCUUUAUUGGAUGCAAUGCCAAAGGGAACAGCAGUUUAAAAGGAGAUUGAACCAACUCUUGGAGCUGGGUUAGAACAGAGACAUUCCACAGAGGGUUGUCACACCUGGGUGCAUUCCCUGAGCAGUACAUGGCAAUUCCAUGGCCUGUGUGGUAAGGAGUAACAAUUUGUUAUUCCCAGAAGUGCUGUGACAGCCCUGCUGUUUGCCAGCACUGCCCAGGACUGGCAGAGUUUGCAAUGUCAAUUAUUAAAGGACUUUUUAAAAGUAGCACAAGCAUACCCAGUCUGGAAUUGUAAACUGCCAUCAAAGCAGUUUGUGUAAAGAGAGUGGAAAACCCCAAGCAAACCAAAACCAAAAAAACCCCUAAACAUCCCACACCAAAAUCAAGCCAAACCCACCUACAGAAAAAUGACAUAGAGUUCUCCAGAAGAUCCAUGCUUUUAGAGUGGAGCUGCUGUCUGCAGUCAGGGAGCAGGAUGGUGUUGCACAGGGAUUUUGUGUUACACAGGGGUUUUGUCAGGAGUGUGUCCUGUCACUGGCCAGGGCUGAAGGAGCAUUCCCAGAUCCUCUCCUGUGCUCCCAGGCUCAGUGUGCUUGGGGCAGAGCUCUGGGAGCUCUCAUGCCUCUCUAGGUUUAUGAAUUUGGUACCUUUCAAACCCCUACACCUUUCCUGGCCUGGCAAAAGGGUAACUCGGGGGUUUUCUGUGGUGGGAGGUGCCAGCCCCUGUUGAGCUGCAGUGACAGGAGCAGAGUGGGGCAGUCACACCUCCAGUGGCAUCCUUGGACUGCAGGAGGGGUGAGUUUCCUCAUCUGGGAAUGCCAAUAUUUAUUACUCACAUCAUGCCCUGGGCCUAGCACUGCUCUCAGGGUGGAAUCCAAAAGAGAACAGUGAUUUUAAAAAUACUGUCUGAUUCACUUCGUGAAGCAAAAGCAAAUGUAAAUGUGUAAUUUCCUUAUUUUUUGGGACCAAAGAUGAUUUUAGUAUUGUACAGUAUAUACUUUCUAAAAAAUCUUAAGCACUUACUGCUCUGCAGAGACAUUAUUUACUAUGUGGAUUAUAUAGAAGGGAAGUAAAGUGAGAAACAACUACAUUUGAAGUAUUAAGAUAAUUUGAUGUAUACAUGGUUCAUUCCCCCUGAGUUAAUUUUACAGUGUAUUGGAGAGGUACUUUUUGAAGUGUUAUCUAAACUGCAGUCACACAAAAAAACCCUUAAGGGAGAAAAGAGGGUAGAAAGUUUAAACUUUUUUUAAACUUACUUAGAAAAGUGACAUUAAAUUGCUUCUCUCAGCCAGUUAGUCUUGCUUGUAAUUGCUAGCACAUAGGGAUAAUUUCUUUGAGUCCUUGGGGGUGCUGUUUAGCUCCAUAAAAGAGACUCAAAUCCCACUGUAAAUAGAACUAAAUUAAAGCAAACAGUUGAACAAGGAUGCUUAAACAGUAAUGGUUUGGAUGAGUCCCCUUUGGUCAAAGAGAGCCCUUAGACCUGGAAUCUUUGUGUAUUUCUGGGUGUAGAACUGAGUAAAUUCUGCAGCCUGUGCACAGACAGGGUGAUGAGGAAGCUCUGGCUGCAGCAGCAGGGUGGGAGCUGUUGCUGGGUGCUGCCAGAGUCUGUUUGCCUCUCCCUGCUCAGCUGAGGUUUGUGCCAUGGCCCUGUGCUGUGCAAACAGCCCCAGCAGGAGCUCCUAAACCCACACAGGAACUCACUUAUGUGUCUGACUGAAGCCAAUUCCUUCUUUCUCUCCUGCUUUUCCUUUCAUUUGGAAUAUUUGUGCCUCGUGGAUCAAAUGCUUUAAUAUUUAAUUCUUGCUCAGCCUUGUUUGCUGGUCUGUGUAGUGUCUGCUGCAGUGCCAGGAAGAUCAGAAUGUGUCCAACAUCCCUUUCUUUCAGAUGUGGUGCUCUUCCCUUUCCUGAUGGCUUCAGAGGCUGGGCUGGGUGUUCUUUCCCGUGGGAAGCUGGUGCUGGUGUGAGAUUCCUGGUAGGAGCCACAUGCUUGGAGCUUGGGAGGGGUAGAGAGCGAUCUCCCUGUGCCUUCUGAGAGACAGGCACUGGCUCCAGGGAGCUGACAUUUCUGUGCUGCUCACUGGAUUCAGGAGCUCAGCAUCAGCAAAUAUCUGUGCCUUGGCAGCAGCUCCUCACCUUGCAGUUAUAAAGUGUCUUCUGCAUGGGAUUUCAAUAAAGGAUCAGUGUGUGUUGCUCUUUCAUUGGCUUUGUCACAUGUUGUGACCAAUACUUUGUGUUUGUUCAUCACUCUGUGUCUCAUGGCACGCUCUGGAGUUGUUUCACCUCUCUGUAUUUCAUUGCUGCUUCUAGAAAGAGGAGGGGAAGGUUCCCACUGUUCCUAAGGCAGUAAUUUAUUUCCCCCUGUGAAUUGUUGUGUCCCAUGUGCUGAUUGUCCCCUCCCAGCAGGGCACUCAGUGCUUCCCCAGGUGCUGUGGGUACAGCAGGAGAGGAUCUGCUGCAGGCCCUGAGCUGCUCUGGGGCAGUGAACCACCAGAUCUUCAGGAGCUUUAAAGUCCCUGAAGGAAUUUGGGAUUUGUCACCUCUCUGCUGUUUUGGGGGUGUGCAGGCACAGCAAAUGCUUACCUAAUCUGUGGCUUUAUUAAUGCAAUCCUUUCUUCUUCCCUUUUGCUCAGGCCUCUUUCUGUAUCUGUUAUUUUCUUGUCUCAUGUCAACUUUUUAAUGAUUUCUACUUGUUUUCUUACAUGAGGGGAAAAAAACCUCACCAAAAAUCUAAAAUAAGCAAGAAUAAUGGUUUUAGGGCAUAAUUAAAAAAUGGAACCAGUGCAGAUAGUGUAGUUCAGAUAGUGUGGGAAGUAAUAUCCUCUGUCCUGCUCAGCUGGGAUACUGAACAGCUUUUUGCAUUCAGGGUAAUAAAGAGGCACAGCCUGAUAGGGAUUGGAGAGGUGAGAAGGACAUUUGACAGUGCAGUGCUUUCAGAGUGAGACAUGAACAUUAAGAACCCUCAGUGGCCACUGCAGCCGUGGUGAUCUCAGGGGCUGGGAUUGUCCAGAGGGGGAUCCAGGCUGGUCCCUGCUCAGCCCCACGGGAAGGAGUGAAUCCAACCUCUGGCACUUCUGAAAAUCAGACACUUGGCUUGUGUUAUUUGUAGCAUGAAAUAAUGGAUUGUUCAUUGUCUGGAGGGCCAGCAAAGCUCAGAAUUACUGUGCAGAUCGAGGUGUCCUGUGUGGGAGUUUUAUAGGCAACAAAAACAUUUAAAAAUGAUCCUGAAAUCGGUACAAAAAUGCAUGGAAUGUGUGAAAAUACUUUGUAGAAAUUAUGCCAUGUUCCUCUCUUUAUUUUGACAGAGGGACUUGGUUAAAAUGAAUUUAUACAAAUACUCAGGAAAUCUCUGAAUGACAUUUUAGAGGAUUUUCCUGGUAUAUUAUUUUCCCUGUCAGCCACUUGGCCACCUUGAUAGAUCUGCUUGACCAAGUCAGAGUGGUGCUGUCCAACCUGAAAGGGUUCCCUUGUUUUGUUUUGGUUUUUUUGUGUUGUAUUUUAAAAAUUUGUCUAUAAUUUAACCAUUUGUAUGCUAAAAAUAAUCUUUAAAAAAAAUCUGCUUACACUGUGAUUUCUGGUAGCCUUUAAUUUAGACUAUACAACACAAUCUAAUUUUCUUUUGGGAUAUGCAGCUUUCAUAAGUGUUAUAAGUGUUCUUAUAUAUGCCCAGAAGUGAAAGUUGUCUAUUUAUCAUAGGAAUGUGAUUAGAUAAAGUAACCUAUCCAGAAUCCCAGUGCAGCUCUUUCAUAUGUGCUGGAUGGAGGAGUUAGUAAAAUUGCCUUUUAAUCUCUAUGGGUUAAUAAAUAUUUUUUUAUAAUUAGCCACAGAUAUUCCUUUUUAAAUUAUACUUGGCAAACAGAAGAUAUUUAAUUUUAUAUACAAUAUACAUAGUUACCUUGAUUGACAUAUUUAUAACAUAGAGCUUUGUGUUUACUAUGAAGGUUUUAUCUGUAUCCCAUGGACUUCAUGGGUAAAACUUUAAAAAGCCAGUUAGCAUUUAUGGAAGGAUAUGGGAACUUUCUUCAUGGCUUUAGAAUGAGGACAUAGGAGCAUUUAAAAGGCAAUAGCCAGAUUGUUUUACAGAUUAUCUGGGGGGGUUCUUAUUUUUUGAUUGGGGCUGGUCCCUGCAGCUAUUUUAAUAACAUCUGGAUGUGAGUAACAGAAUGGAAUAUGAGCAUCUGCCUCUGUCACAGGCUGUUGUCUAGAGCACAGGAAAUUUCAGGGUAUUGUAUUGUUUUGUGUCAGACAAAUGUCUCAAUGGACAGAUUUAAUUAAAACCUUCAUGUGUCUGAAAGAAAACAUCCUCUCUUAACUAGGCUGAUUUGUCACUUUUGGUACCCUUUUAAUCCCCAAAGUAGUGUUGUCUAAAUAUUUUUAGUGAUGUUCCAGCUAUCCUGAUGUCUGCAGGUUAAAGUGGUUCUGGCUAGCACCCUUUUAUUACAACAAUGGCUACCUUCAUUUUUCUACUGUUUCUACUUUAAUCUUGAAUGUUUACCGGUUUCUAUUGUCGGAUCUUGUGGAGGGAGAGUGUCUUAGCACUACAGCUCAUCCAGCUUUAACUCAUGCAUCACAGUCCUGGAGUAACAAAAUAUUUUGAAUUAUAUAUUGUGGCAAAUUUAUUCAAUUUUAAAAUGAUUUCUAUACUUUAGACACAACAUUUAUGACAUAGUAGGACGAAUGACUUAGCUAAUCAUUAUAUCUGUCUAGACUUACUCUCUUCUGUGUUAGUGUUAUUUUGAAACUAUUUGUAUAUGUUGAAAUUUGUAAGGGUUCAGGAACCCACAAUAAAAUAGUAAAGUAUGUAUUUAUUUCUCAUUAUAAUGGUCAAUUUUGAUUUGGAAGUUGACACUUUGUAUGUCUUUUCACAGAAUUGUAAACAAAUACCGAAAAACUGCUUCACCUAGGGUGCCUUCCAUGUGUGGUACAAACACUUGUCAUUCACAGGAAUAGAGAUGUAAAUUUAUUAAUCCAGUAAACACUAUUUUUGUAAUGUGAGUCACUAACGCAGCUCUGGCCUCGUUGUGCUUUGUUCCCACCACCACCAGGUUGAUGGCUGCUGUGGUCACUGCCUUCCCUCCCUGUGUGCACUAAAUCUGACCCUGGGGAAUCACAGCUUGUGUCUCCUUUGCUCUGCCCUCAGCUGCCCCCAGCACAUUUCUGGUGCUCCACAUUCCCUUCCCUGGCCUUGUGGAGGGGAUGCUUAGGGGUGUUUGUAUCCUCAGGGCUGACUCUGGCUCCUCUGGACAGGCUCUGCAGCCCAGUCCAGACAUUCCAAUUCUAGCUCCUAAUUGGUGAUUUCCAGCUUCUGAGGAGGGAGCAUCCAGGCCUGACCAAAAGACUUUAUCCCUCUGGGUUAUGGGUGCUGUACUGCCAGGUUUGUAAUUGCAAACAGCUCAGAGGUACUGUGGAAAUACCAGGUUAGAAUUCCAUUCAGGCUGAACAAAGGGGAUGCAUUUUUCCUUUUAUCAUGAGCACAAGUCUGCUGUGCAAUACCCUUGGUACUUUGCUUUUGCAGUAAAAGCUGCAAUGUUCUGUCCUGGAGGACCCUUGGUGCAUCCCCUGAGUGGUGCCAGGGCAGCUCCUGCCUGUUGUCCUGCCCUGGGGACUGAGACCAGGGCUCCCCUGAGCACCAGAUCCUGCUGCAGGACUGGAGACUUUCAGCAGGCAGCACAUUCAUUCCCCUGGAGACAAUUCCCAGCCCUGGAGGAUUUCCCAUUGUUCUGCAGAGCCCAGAGCCCGGUGCUGCAGCAGCUGCCUCAAGGUGGUGCCUCCAGCUGGGUGCACCUUCCAGCUGUGCCCACAGCUGGACCUCGCUGCUGGCAGAGCAGCUGCCAGCUCUGGGGGGGAAAGAUGUCCUGGGAAUGCUUGACCAAGCUCAAAGGCAAGGUACUCUACAAGAAAACACCACCUCCAGCUUGUGUCUACACCAGUAACCAUCUUUCAGUUGUUGUGUUCUUUCUGUCGGUGUCUGUGCUAAUCAAGAAACACAAGCUGAAGAAUUGUAAAAGUCUUGCAAUAUACAAAGCAGUCUUGGUUUUAAAAUCCAUGCUGUUGCAGCAUAAUUUAAGUGGUGUAUUUAUCAGUUUUAAAUGUCAUUUUGCUUUUCCAGUCUUUUGUAUAUGGGCACAAUACUUUUUGUAAGUUUUUUUUUUAUUUAGUUGUCUUUCUGUCUUUCCUUUCUGGUACUGGAAGAUUUGAGCUCUCUGGGUUUUCACGGUACUCUUCUGAUCAUUCUUCAUAGUGGUAAAAGUCUGUAUUUUUGUAUGUAGGAGAAAUGGUAGUUUUCUAACACUUAGCCCAAUCAAUAUAGUAUGGAAUCAUUUGUGAAGGACUUCCUGUUUAAUAAAUGGACGUAUUAAAGUACUAAAA